GAUGGCAAUGUCUCUCAUCCAAGCGUGCCGCAGUCUGGCUCUCUCAACAUGGCUGCUUUCCUUUUGUUUCGUGCAUCUACUCUGCCUGGACUUCACCGUGGCCGAGAAGGAGGAAUGGUACACCGCCUUCGUGAACAUCACCUACGCCGAGCCCGCGCCGGACCCGGGGGCCGGGGCUGCGGGCAGCGGCGGCGGCGGCGGCGGCAGUGGCGGCGGCGCCGGCUCGGAGCUGCACACGGAGAAGACUGAGUGCGGGCGCUACGGAGAGCACUCCCCCAAACAGGACGCCCGCGGGGAGGUGGUCAUGGCCAGCUCGGCCCACGACCGCCUGGCCUGCGACCCCAACACCAAGUUCGCCGCUCCGACGCACGGCAAGAACUGGAUAGCCCUCAUCCCCAAGGGCAACUGCACCUACAGGGACAAGAUCCGCAACGCGUUCCUGCAGAACGCCUCCGCCGUGGUCAUCUUCAACGCGGGCUCCAACACCAACGAGACCAUCACCAUGCCCCACGCAGGUGUAGAAGACAUAGUGGCCAUAAUGAUUCCUGAACCCAAAGGAAAGGAGAUCGUGAGCCUGCUGGAGAGAAACAUCACCGUGACAAUGUCCAUCACCAUUGGGACCCGGAACCUGCAGAAAUACGUGAGCCGCACCUCGGUUGUGUUCGUCUCCAUCUCCUUCAUUGUCCUGAUGAUCAUUUCCCUCGCAUGGCUGGUCUUUUAUUAUAUCCAGAGGUUUCGAUAUGCAAAUGCCAGGGACAGGAACCAGCGUCGACUGGGAGAUGCAGCAAAGAAAGCCAUCAGUAAGCUCCAGAUCAGGACCAUCAAGAAGGGUGACAAGGAAACAGAGCCUGAUUUUGACAACUGUGCAGUUUGUAUUGAAGGCUAUAAGCCCAACGACGUGGUCAGGAUCCUGCCCUGCCGGCAUCUUUUCCACAAGUCCUGUGUUGAUCCCUGGCUUCUAGACCAUCGCACCUGUCCCAUGUGCAAGAUGAACAUUCUUAAAGCCCUAGGGAUCCCGCCCAAUGCUGACUGCAUGGAUGACUUGCCCACAGACUUCGAGGGCUCUCUGGGAGGUCCACCAACCAACCAGAUCACAGGCGCAAGCGACACAACGGUGAAUGAAAGUUCAGUCACUUUGGACCCUGCUGUCCGGACUGUGGGAGCCUUGCAGGUGGUUCAGGAUGCAGACCCCACCCCCCAGGAUGGAGAAGUCAUCUUUACUACCAACAGUGAGCAGGAGCCGGCUAUCAGCAGCGACUCUGACAUCUCGUUGAUCAUGGCCAUGGAGGUUGGACUGUCCGAUGUAGAACUUUCCACCGACCAAGACUGCGAAGAGGUGAAAUCUUGAAAUGGAGAUCGUAGAGGACACAGAGAGAAGGGCCCAAGCGGAGGGCACGGAGGAGUGUCCAAGACUUACAUCAGGAACACACACCUCCAAGCACCUUGGCAACCCCAGGGCGCUCCCUUCAAGGAUGGUAACGAGAAGCAGUAUCCAAAGUCGCGGUCAUCAGGAUGCGUGUCUCCAUCUCUCCGACGGUCCACAGCCUGGGCAGCUUGGAACUGGAAGGCUGACUUCCCCUCAUUUCCUUGUAGACAUACACUUCUGAAGCUCCUGGAACACGGACCGAAAGGACACCGUUGGGGUUUCUUCGUUUCCUUCCAGCUUUUUGCGGGUCUUAUCAUCCUUGUUUUAGGAGUACAUGGUGUUUGAUUUCUCUGGCAAUUUUUUUUUUUGAAGACUGUGUGCGGUGUCCAUCUGCUCCUGCGUUUUCCCCUUGAUUCGCUCCAGCUUUUGUGUGUUCUGUUGAGAAGCACCAGCUCCUGCUAGGAUCUGUUCGUGUCCUUGUCUGAGAUUUGUGGUGUUGGCCUUUCAGCAUGACGUGUGCAUGGCUUUGAGAAGUGCCUCAGCACCCUGAAACAGCCUAAGGACAGCUUUAGUUAAGAAUCUAAAUUCCUUUAAGAGGGUCCUGAAGAUCCUAGCUGCCAGAGACCCCAACACUAAGCUCCAAACCUACUGAGGUCACCCAUCACUGUUUUAUGCCACAUCGCACUGGCUUCUCCUUGCCAUGUUCUGCCAAGGGCCCGCAUGACAUGAGAAGGGAGCUCUCCCGAGCACCUCGGUCCUUCUGGGUCUUCAGGCCUUUGGCUACAGUUUGAAUUCAGAAGUCCCCUCCAGGACAUUAAAAAUCAGUCUUUGGAGGGUGGGGCUCAUCUCUCAGACUGAAAGCCUCCUUUGAAAACCAGAUGUCCCAUGUUCCUCCCAUAGAAAGCAAAAUGCCUAUAGCUCUGGUGUCCCAGGGCUUCAGCAGUUUUUAUUACCUCUGUAAGAGGGAUGUGCAGGCCAUGGAGACUUUAGAUGAGAUGCAAUCAUGUUUGAGCCCAGGGGCAAACAAAGUAGUGGGUGCAGGAGCACUUAGAUUUUUACCUUAAUCCCCACACACUGCUGUGGCACCUCAGCAGAUCAUGUGGAAGAAUUCAGCUGAGUCUGGAGCUGAUGGCUUCCCCUGGCUCCGGAAGAGGGUGCAGAUACCUAGUGAUGCAUGGAGUGAGUGAAUCAAUCAUUUGAACCAAAAAGUACAGCAUGGGACUUUACUAAACCAGGUUUAUCCUAACUGAGAGAGACAGAGAGACAAAGUAGGGGUGGGGCAGGAAAAGACGUGACAAAUGACUCCUGAAACCCACUGGUAUUUUUAAACCAUUUAUGUUUUGUAUUCUGUUUUUGUAACUAUGACAGAAAUGUGCUAUUUUUUCAGCGGGCAAUUUUGUAAUACAUUCAGACUCGCCGGGCACAGAGAUGACUCAGGUGGUGACGAGUGUCUCUGGACAACGCGAUGGCUCACCUUACCAUCUCUAGGUAGCUGGUAACGGCAAGCAGCUGCCUGGAUCAACUACAACAGAGCUGUUCUCACCACACUGUAUUUACAUAUUUGAUGAGGGCUUUUCCACCUCAGCACACGAUGCCCAUGCACACGCAGAGCUUGGUUCUGCUGUAAGCCCUGGCUGUCUGCCGAGGCACGGAUGGCAAGGAGCCGUCCCUUUCUUCACACCUUCAGUGACUUCCUCCUGAUGGUUUGCAAGGAGGCAAGAAAGCCGGUGGCCACCUUCAGCAAGGCCGCCUCUCUCCAGAAGUCCAACACUUCCUGUGCUGAAAUCCAGUUUCUAGGUGUGGCAAAGAAAAAAAAAGCAGCCAAGAAUAGAGAGCUCUGAACCCAGAGGCAGGAGUCCUGGAUGAGCCAGACCCUUCCUUGAAAAGCCUCCGCACCUCUACCCACAGAGUGAGGAGUCAACAAGAUGCUUCCCAGAGCUGCUUCUGGCUUAGGAUCAUUGCUGAGCCUUCUGCCUGGGGAUUUUCCUUGCACAACAGCUGUGCCAUGCAGCAAGCAGGCUUCCUAGCUUGGGGAGGUCGAGUUACUCAACAAGGAACAGAUGAGAACAGGCUCUGAGACUGGGCACUCCUGUGUUGCUCAGAAUUAAGAUCUAAAUAAUUGAUGUUUUAAGCCCAAGUAGGAGUUGGUUGGUUUGCCUUGUUUUACGAAUGCUGAAAGUCACAGCAUUUGCAACCUUCAAAGCCAGGUUCUCAAAGGGGUUUCUCUUUUUUUUUUAAGAUUUAUUUAUUUGUUUGAAAGGCAGAGUUACAGACAAAGGGGAGGUUCUUCCAUCCGCUGGUUCACUCCCCAAAUGGCCGCAACGGCCAGAGCUGGGCUGAUCUGAAGCCAGGAGCCAGGAGCUUCUUCAGGGCCUCCCAUGUGGGUUCAGGAGCCCAAGCACUUGGAACACCUUCCACUGCUUUCCCAGACCAUUAACAGGGAGCUGGAUCGGAAAUGGAGCAGACAGGACUUGAACCAGUGCUCAUAUGGGAUGCCAGUGCCAUAGGCAAAGGCUUAACCUACUAUACCACAGUGCUGGCCCCUCAAAGUGUCUUGUUUUAUCUUAGUCAGCUUAGGCCUAUACCACCUACUGCUCAUUCAGUCAGCUUGCCCCAAAUGUUGGUAUGACCUCUAUUCCUUGGAUUCUAGGGUCGUCUGACUAAUGAGUGUUUGCUCUUCCAGCCAAGGGCCAAGUAAGCCAGGGAUUGAUUGCACAUGGAGGCCUUGGCCACAUCCACACCCAUAGGGUCCUGUGUCAGCAAUGAGGAGUCCUUGAGACCCAGCUGUGGCCCGUGCAUCUGACCCCAAGUCAGUCCAGCUGCAAACACCCAAGCCUGGGAGACUCCCCACUUGCCGAAGAUCUGUUGCUGGGAAGGUUCUCUAUGGCUUUGUAGUUAAAAAAAUAAAAAAAAGGAUAGGGAAGCAGCACUUCUCCAUGGCCUUGCUCACCAACCACCCCAGAGAAAAGAUUCUGACCUGGGGACCCAGUGGUCCACAGGGGGUGUCAAAGGGCAUGUGAAUCCUCAGAAGUUGAUGCAAAUUCUGCUUUUGUAGAUGUGCAGUUUUCUGCAGCAAAAGUGUAGACCAUCACUACUCAACAGCAAUAGAAUGCACAACACACAACUCACUAGCCACAUUAUAAAGAGUGAAAAGGCACAGGUAAAAAUGAUUUAAUAGUGCAUUCAAUUUAACUUUAUAUUAUUGUUUCAACAUACAAUUUGUGUAAAAAAAAAGUAGUGAUGAAAUAUUUCCCAUUCUUCUUUUUUUUUUUUCUUUAAUGAGCCUUCUAAAUCUGUUGUGUUUCUUCCACACGUGGUGCAUCUCAGCUUGGACUAGCCACAUCUCAAGCACACUGCAGCCAUGUGUGGUAUGCAGCUUCUGGUUGGACAGAUCCUCUGACAUUCUCACAGAAUUCCUUGCCCCUUAACAAAAGAUCAAGUUAAAACCACGAUUACCUGCAGGGAGAAGGAGACACCACCCAAGUCACCUAAUGGCAGGCCCAGAGAGACCAGUUUAUGUUGAAAUUUCUGCUUGGACUUUGUCAUGCACCAGUGAUAUCCAUUAUCAUUUGUUGCUACUCUCUGACCAACUGGUUUUUUUAGAAAGUCCCACAAACCAUGUUGAUUUGGUGCUGAAAUAAAAUUAUCCCCUCACAUCUCAUAUACCCUUAGACCGAUGCAUGGCGCUUAGGAGGCCACGAGAAUUCCAGACUGCAGGUGGCUGCUUUCACCUCGGCCCUGGGUCUUCUGCUUCCUGGUGGGCAGAGUAGGUCUUCCCCAACCCCAGGGGCUCUAGCUAAAACACAGAUUUUGGAGGAUAGAGUGAAAAGUUACAUUUGACUCCAAAUACAAUAUUUUAUGUGGCCUUAUUGUGACCAUCUAUUUGAAGGAUGGCCACUCCAACAGUCUGCUUUCUACUCAGAGUCACUACUCCCCAACCACAGACUAUAGGGCAGCAAAGGAGCAUUUGAGUUCACCCAGAGUCAUUUCUGGUCACCUCUAGGAAUUGCUGCCCCUGGUGUGAUUCACCUCUUUGGAAGGGCUGUGCGCUGACCGUGAAUACAGCAUCUGAGUCUUGAUUUACUCUUCAGGGUUUGAUCACCCCUGCGAUAUUUUUUUUUUUUUUUUUUUUUGGACAGGCAGAGUUACAGAGUGAGAGAGAGAGAGAGAAAGGUCUUCUUUCUGUUGGUUCACCCCCCAAAUGGCUGCACCGCGCUGAUCCAAAGCCAGGAGCCAGGUGCUUUCUCCUGGUCUCCCAUAUGGGUGCAAGGCCCAAGCACUUGGGCCAUCCUCCACUGCCUUCCCUGGCCACAGCAGAGAGCUGGACUGGAAGAGGAGCAACCGGGACAGAAUCUGGUACCCCAACCGGGACUAGAACGCAGGGUGCAGGGGCCGCAGGUGGAGGACUAGCCAAGUGAGCCGCGGUGCCAGCCAGGCCUGGGAUGUUGACUCAGAACGGUGGGAGUGAGGCAGUCAGAGUGGCAAAGGCAUCUCCCUGUUUGGAGGCCGCACGGUAGCAGUCGUGACCAUCAGGGCAGAUCUCUGUCCAAGGAGGUUUUUGUUCAUACGGGGUUUUCUGCUUGUUGGGUUUGUUGUUUUGUUUCUCCGCAUUUCUCUCGUCCUGGUGAAAUGUCCUGGACACUCAUCGGGGUGGCUUUGGCUGUAUCAGGACUGCAGGUUCCCGGUGACCAUUCCAUCAGUUACUGCUGGGACAGCCCUGUGGCUGCCAUGCCUUCAGAACCAUAAACAAAGGAUGUCAUCCGACCUCCCUCCGCUUCCUUCAUUGUGAGCGGCUUUUAGAUGGCGAUUCUUACAAAGCCUAAAAACCCAAAGGCAUUUGGUUACCUACUGAAUGCAUCACCUUGACUGAAAACAAAGAAGCCUCACUGACGCAAAACUCUUCUUACAAGUCACGUUCUGUGGCGUGAGGGCCAGUGAGUUCGUUUCCUGCAGCAUUUUUAUAUGCCUUCACUUUCAAAUUCCUUUCCUAUAUUCUCCUCCUCCUUUUCCUCUUUCUUAGCCUUCUCAUGAGGAACUUUAAAAUAACCUUCAGGAUUUAAAAAGCAAAUGCAGCUCUGAGGUUGUCGCUGCCCUUACUCUUGUUAGCAUUUAUCUUUUCCUGUGUGGGCAUGUCUAUAUUUUCCCUUCUGAUGAGGAAAACCAGUUUAUUAUAAAGGCAAGCUAAGUCGCUUCCUCAUGGAGUAAGCCUUGUUUCCACUUCCCAUAUUGAGAAUUUGAUCUCAGACCUUCAAUAGAUGUUGCCUUGUGUUCCAGCUUCAACACCAGAAUGGUCUCCUUAGGCAAGCAAUGGUGUGGUAUCCUCUGGCAUGCUGUGUGGAUCUAGCAUCUUCUGUCUCCAGCAUUUGUAAUCUUCCUGCUUCUCCACAUGCCUGCAGGGUUAGGAUUUUGUAGAAAACCGUUUCUGGUGUCCACCUGAGCAUCUUCACAUCUUAGCACGACAGCCUGCUUUUAGUAAGUGAUUCGAGGACCACUCACUCCUGGGGACUGACAGGCAUGAAGAGACUGUUCUCCUGAGGAAGGGAACACUCGCCCCCUCCCUGUCAUGCAGUGUUGUGUGGGCAGAAGCCCCUCCUCCAGGCUGCGGUGUGGCCAGCACUGCUGAGCACAUUUGCUGAUAGAAGGAGGCGAUGGGGACAGCGGGGCUGGAGAGCUGCUGUGGUCAACAAAACAUGACGAAGACGUGCUCAUGGCAUGGGUUAGGGGUGACCUGGGAGUAUUAGGUAUUUGGGGGAGAGGAGCUCUUAAAGAGGUUAAGUAUUCAUGAACCAAAACACUCAUGAUUGGAAAGAAGGUGUGGCUUGCCUGAAACUUGUGUUUUGAGAAAUGGGUAUGAAUGCCUCAUCCUCACCUCACAAGCCCAAACCCUUUACAGCAAACAGUCAUUGGAAAGCUCCAGAAAUAAUAGCCACACUCUUCCACCUGAGCUGUUCAUCCCAGAUCCCGGGUGUGGGCCUGUAACUCUCAAGCCCUUUCAUGGCCAAGCCUGCUUGCUCCACAAGAACCUCCUGAGGAUGGGCGCAUUGUUCAUUAUCGCCUCAAGUGUUUCCUAUCGAGGGGAGUUUCUGGGCAUCAGUGAUCAGAGAUAGCCUCUAAUCCUAAGCUGUGGCUGGUGUUUGCACUUACAACAGAGCCAUUCACUUUCGAAAAAUAGUUGUUGAUGACAGCGGUAAGCCAAGAAUAUACCUCUCUCGAGAGGUCUACGGGUCUAAGUGCAGAAAGGGAGAAAAUGCAUUGAGAAGGUGCCUCGAGCUGGGUUGCCCGAGUAGUCAUUGCUUGGCAGAAUGUCUUUGAUCUGGUCAUCCUGACUGAGGGGAAAGGCUUGGAGAAGCAGGGAGAAUGUGGGGGCCACGCGUGCUACAUAAACCAAAGACUGAUCGGCACGUGUUUCUUCCACCGGGCGAGUUUUCCCCCAAUGUCACAAUAAAAGUGAAGGUGUGUUGUGUGGUUGAAUGGAAGCUAAGGGGGCUUCCAGUUGACCUGAACGUACCCAGAAAUCCAACAAAGAAGAGCCGUGGCCUUAGGCCCACACCAUCUUUAGGGUCUGGUGUCGAGCCGCCUUUCUGUCGAAAGUUUUAGACAAAUUCUGCGCUUCACUGAACUCGGAUUAUCGUUCUCUUUGGGAAUGUGAAGACUUCAGCCAAAGAAUUUUUGUGUACAAGUAUAAUCAGCGCUAGCUAAUUAGAGUAUAUUCUGCUCCUUUGAAUACCAAACUGUUGCCUGUACUUCUCCAAGUAGAGCAGUUGGACUCAACACACGAACUUUUCCCUAUGACUGUGCGGGCAUCCAUGGUACCUAACUGGGUGGCGGAUGUAAUUGCAAAGGGCACAGCGCCCUCUGCUGGAUUCGUCGCCGCUAGUCUUUCAGCAAAUUAUUUUGACUUGGGUCACCCUUUUCCCCACCACUUGGUUACUUGACUUUCAUUGUACAUUUUUCUCAGUAGUUGAGAAUUGGGUCUACGUUUAUCAAAAGAGGAAAGAAUGUCACCAACUCUGAGAAGCUGAAGGAGUCCUCCCAGGGGUGUCACUGCUAGCAGCCCUUUCUCAAAGUGUCCCAGUGUUGCUCUGUUUUAAAAGAAGCUGCCUUGGGCUGGGAAGUGUGUGCAGUUAUGAGCAAGGGCCUGCUUGUUCGGUAACGUAACUUUAUUCUCAUGGCAUUGCAAAGGAAGAUCAAUAAAAGGACUUCUUUCACAUGACUGUAAAUGGUGUGAAAUACUGACGUGUUUUGUACAUGUACAUAAUAUAUUUACUUCCAGCUUUCACAAUAGUAACCUGAAAUGGUUGUACCA